GAUCCACGACGUCGCGAUCGCCCAUCGUCCCUUUCAGGUUUUGCCUCUUCUUCGAUGAAAAUCUCACUGGACGAAUCGCAGAUGAUCCUCUCGACUGCUCCGACGUUCAUACAUUAUAAUACGGCGUCGUGACUUGCAGAUGUACGAAAGAUUUCUGCCUUGCAUCCAGCAUUAUCCGAGUGCGACGGCGAUACCGGUGUACCAACGGCCGAGCGAGCUUUACCAAGAGUCGACGUCGAAGCGGAAGAGCCACGGGGUCGAUUUCAACAAUCUCAUCCUGCUGACGAAGAGUAGUUCAAAGUCGCGACGUGGUCACGCGAAGCAACAACUUCCCCCAUUGGAAACCACGCAGAAAGACCUGAGAUUCGGCCAGAACACGGUGCAAUGGUUGAACAAGGAUUGCGCGAGGAGGACGAAGGGCGUCGUGACUGUGAACGCGUUAGUGUCUGAAUUGCGCAGCUUCGAGGAGAAGUACGAGCAAGGUAGAGGCAGCAGCAGCAGCUGGGCGAUCACCACCGAAUCACCGCCUCGGCACAGAACAGGUUCCGAGGGCACGAAGUCGAAGGACGGGAAGGAAGCGUCACGAUGCAAACUCGUGGACGCCGAAGAGCGAGAUAGGAGGAAGGAACGACCGCUCUACAGAGACGUCCUGGCAAACGCCACCAGCGGCCAGCACGGAAUGAUCCUGGACAAUGUCUUCGAGAGGAGGUACGACGAGCUCGAGCAGCAGGCGAUGGAACAGUAUAGGAACUCGGAGGAAUCGUUGGCGCUGAAAUAUCAGGAACUGGAGCGUCAAGCCAUGGAGCAGUACAGAAACAGCAACGACAAGCAGGGCGAUUCGCGUUCUCAUGAGGAUAAGGAUUGCCUCGACGGACGAAGGUGUUCAGGAUAUGGACAGUGCAGUCCUUCUGGGGGAAGUCGAGAGAAGAAAGGUUCUUGUCUUCCGCAACCGCAAAUCACUCUGCUGAGGCCAAAGGGGAAAUCCCUGCCGAAUGUCUUCCAGGGCUCAUCGUGCAACAACAGCAACCAGCAGGCCGCCAUCGCCUCGAGGAGUUUAUCCACGUUGACCGAAGGAUCGUCCAAGGAAUCGAAAAACAUAUCUAAGGGUGCAUCAGGAGAUAAGAUCGACACGAUUGCAGUACGGACAUCAUCGAAGCGGCGUCUGAUACUGGUGUCACCCUUCAAGCACAAAUCAGAAGCCCAGCUGUUGAAGACGAGAGAGCUACGAGAGAUCUGCUCGCUCUCACAAGCGAGGGAAAACGUCCUCGACUAUUGCCGGUCUCCCGAAGUCGCUCGGAACGGCAACGGCGACGAGAAUAUAACAAUCAUAGAGUCGCCCAGCACGGAAGUUUGGCUGUCCGGAUUCUGGACCACUUGAAAAAAAGGUGCGAUCCGGCGUGUGUAUCCUCGCAAGAAAACGUGGAAAACGUUUCACGCCACAGGCGCGUUACUCAUGGAAGUACGCGGAAAAUAAGACGGCUAAUUUAAGACUUGU